GCUCGCACCUUAUAGUCGCAAUGGCAACCCUGGAUCUCUACAAUUUCCCCAUGUCCCCGGCCAGUCGCGCCAUCCAGAUGGUGGCCAAGGCUCUGGGACUGGAGCUGAACUCCAAGCUGAUCAACACGAUGGAGGGUGACCAGCUGAAGCCGGAGUUCGUGAAGAUCAACCCGCAGCACACCAUUCCCACACUGGUGGACAACGGAUUCGCCAUCUGGGAGUCCCGUGCCAUCGCCGUCUAUCUGGUGGAGAAAUACGGCAAACCCGACUCCCCACUCUAUCCCAAGGAUCCCCAGAAGCGGGCUCUGAUCAACCAGAGGCUCUACUUCGACAUGGGCACCCUGUACGAAGCCCUGGCCAAAUACUUCUUCCCUUUCUUCCGCACUGGCAAGCUUGGAGAUCAGGAAGCUCUGGACAAGGUAAACUCUGCCCUCGGAUUCCUCAACACCUUCCUGGAGGGUCAGGACUUCGUGGCCGGCAACCAACUGACCGUGGCUGACAUCGUCAUCCUGGCCACCAUAUCCACCGUACAAAUGUUUGCGUUUGACCUCAGCAAGUUCCCGAACGUGGAGAGGUGGUUUAACAAUGCCCAGAAGGUUACUCCUGGAUGGGAGCAAAACGUUGAGACUCUGAAGCAGGCCAAGAAGUUCCUGGACGACGUCAACGCACAAAGGGAAAAAGGAGAGAAGGCUUAAAAUGUUGUA